AUGCACAAGUUCGUAGCGAUCUUUACCUUGACUGCUGCGGUCGCCGCUGCGCAAACCACUGAAUUCGGCCAUGGAGAAUACCUCUGUUACGCUGCUAACGACGUUAUUUCGAGGUGUUGGACCGAUAAAAACGUUCCGGCAACCGCUGCACCGCUCAAGGAUUGCUAUUGCGAGUGGACUGCCGACUUUGAUAAGGACUUGAUCGGAUGCUGGGAGUAUAUCCAAACGGCUGUCAGCUUUAUCAGUCCGGUUGAGACUCCGGGCAUCCCACCGUAUGCUGGAUACUGUGGACCGGUUACUGCGCCGACGUCAGUAUCUGCUAAUCUUACAAGUACUUCCUCCACCGAAGCAAACUCUACACCCGACAAUACUUCGACUUACGUGUCGGCCUCAAACCCGAUUACCUAUAUUACCUCUACUCCAACCCCCUCAACGGUUUCAGCAUCCAAUCCGAUCACCUAUACGACUAUUUCAUAUGUCAAUCCACAUUACAACACGACUUAUACUGUCAGCAAUCCAGUUACAUUGAUUCCACCUACUGAGACAACCGUCAUUCCAGAGCCGACUUUGAUCCCACCCACUGAAACUACUGUUAUUCCUGAACCAACCUUGAUUCCACCCACUGAGACUACGGUAUCUGUCCCACCAGAGCCAAUAUUGAUUCCUCCGACUGCUACUACUAUUAGCACUCGUCCUUCUUAUGUUCCGGACCAGAGCAGUCCUGUUCCUCCACCACCUGUUGCUACUGGUGGUGCUGGCGCAAAGGUUGGCUCUAUGGCUGUAUUGGCUGGUGGUGUAGUUGCGGCUGUCGCUUUUGCUCUCUAA